AUGUCGGAAACCACGCUCAGGAAGAGAACAGCAGCCGGUCCAGCGGAUGCUCCCGAGCUCUACGGUUCGAACGGUGCAAGAACGGGCUCAAACGAGCUACUAACCACCGAGAUAGAAAAGAACCAUGAAUUCUCCAGUACAGAAGAGCUUCUUAUUGAAAAACUCGAUAUCUUUCUUUCCCUGAUUGAAAAGAGGAUCGAAAGAUUUGAACAGUACUUUAAGGUGAUUGGUCUGGAAGGAGCUAUUGAUGAAGAGGAGGAGAAUGAAAAAGAGAAAGACACUGAUAAGGAAGCCACCGAGGGCCGGUCCCGUCGAAGCAGUCUGGCGCUGUUGAGCCUGAUCACGUCGAUUCGCCAGAUCUCUAUAAGCCAUUUGAACCGUGUUUAUGGCCAGUUGUAUAAGGUGAAGGAGCUGGUGCUCUUGAACUCGUUCAGGAACGCUGAGUACUUGUAUAAGACGUUGGAUGACCAGUAUAACUAUAUGUUUAAUGGCCGUGACGUUUACCAGGAGCUCCAGGAUUCAGAGAGUAUUGGCGGUGGCCCGGGAGCGGGAUUCCCAGGUAUGGCGCAUAAGGAAGCUCUUCAGAACAAACUUAUAGACACAUUGCAUUAUUUUGAAGAGAAAUUGGCCCAUAUUGAUGGAUAUCUUUCAGCCAAGGGCGGCGCUGUCGAUGAGGACGAGGCUUCGAGCGCCUUGCGUUUUUUCAAUUUCAAUAAGGCCUUGAAACACUCGGAAGACGGCUAUUUGCAUUACUACCAGCUCCCAUUGGCGUGGAGAGAAAACAAGUACAUUAUCGAGGGCUAUAGGUUCACCAUGGGCCAUGUGGAUAUGGUGAAGUCGAUGUUCCACUUUAAUCACAACGAAACAGGUAACAUCUGGACCCACAUGCUAGGCUUUUUCGUGAUUGCCUGGCUUGCCCUUUUCCACUUCCCUCAGACGAGCGUCUACUCUGCCAACGCGCUUGUGGAUAACUGUAUCAUGUACUUGUUCUUUGCAGCCAGUGCCAAGUGCCUUAUCAGCUCGGUUCUCUGGCACACAUACUCGUGUUUUGCCCAUUUGAACGUCAGGGCCAGAUUCGCCUGUGUUGACUACACGGGCAUCACCACACUCAUUACAUGCUCUGUCGUUUCUGCCGAAUACUGUGCGUUGUACCAUAUGCCUAAGCUUCUUGCGUUUUUUGUGACGUUCUCCAUUGCCUGUGGAGUCAGUGGGUUGGCCUUCAACUGGCUGCCUUACUUUGAUAAGCCAGAGUGUCGUCACUUACGUAUUGCGUUCUUUGUUGGCUUAGCUGCAAUGGGCAGCAUGACGUUCUUUUUCAAAUGGUAUUACGAGGGGCUUUCCAAUUCGCUUUACUUUUACAUGCCGCUCACGUACAAGUCGUUUUUGUGGUAUUGGAUCGGCGUGCUUUUCUACGCUGGUCUCAUCCCUGAACGCUGGAGAUAUGAUGUGAUUGUAGAUCAAGAUGCUCCAUGUCGCCAUACACAUACGCCGCAGGAUGUGUUUGGAGGUCUUGAAAACUCUGGAAAAGAGGAGAUUGAAGAGAUUGAACAAGAGAUUGAAGACGUGUCACGCGAGCACAUCUCUCCAUCGAUGUCGUUGGAGAAACAGACAAUGUCAGUGAUUGAGAAACACUUCCCAUCCAGUCCUACCAAGACGCCAUACGCGAGCGACUUCCUUUCGCUCUGGUGGGUCGACUACAUUGGCCUGAGUCACAACAUGUGGCACCUCUUUGUGGUUUUGGGCAUUGUGGGACACUACUUCAGUUUAUUGGGGAUGUUUGAUUCGAUCGUGCGUUAA